AACCACAUUUAAUACAGUUAUGAAAGGCAUCUGUAGCAGACUAUCAUUCAGUAUCGGUUUUAGAGGGAGUUGUAUGUGUUGAUGGAAUUGGCUAGAAAAUAGUUACGAUUCGUUAGAAAGUGAGUGUAAGCUUGAAGUUAGUUUGAUCGAAGCUCUAUUGAAAGACUAAAUAUUUUUGAUUCCAAAAAUGAACGAAGCUGUGAAGCUGUCUUCCCCUAAGAAAGUGUCCAUUAUAGGAUCAGGAAACUGGGGCUCUGCUAUUUCCAGAAUCAUUGGAAGUAAUGUGUCAAGGAAUGGAAAAUUUGAUAGCACAGUAAAAAUGUAUGUCUUCGAAGAACUAGUAGAUGGACAGAAGCUGAGUGAAAUAAUCAAUACAAAACAUGAAAAUGUGAAAUACUUGCCAGGUUUUCCUAUACCACCAAAUGUUGUAGCAAAUCCUGAUGUAGUGGAUACAGCCAAAGAUGCUGAUAUUAUUAUUUUUGUACUACCUCAUAAGUUUGUCAGGGUAACUUGUCAACCAUUAGUUGGGAAAAUAAAACCAACAGCCAUUGGUGUUUCCCUGAUCAAAGGUUUUGAUAUUACACCUGGUGGCGGCAUAGAUUUGAUAAGCAAUGUCAUCAAUAAAUUGCUAAAUAUAGAUGUAGCAGUGUUAAUGGGUGCUAAUCUUGCUCCUGAAGUGGCAGCAGAGAAGUUCUGUGAGACAACAAUAGGUUGUAAUGACAAAGAAGAAGGAAAGUUGUUGAAAGAACUUGUUCAAACAGAUUAUUUUAGAGUAGUUGUUGUCGAUGAUAUCCACACUAUUGAAUUGUGUGGAGCACUAAAGAAUAUUGUAGCCUGUGGUGCAGGAUUCGUGGAUGGCUUAGGUUAUGGAGAUAACACUAAAGCUGCCGUAAUUCGACUUGGGCUGAUGGAGAUGAUAAAGUUUGCUGAAGUUUUCUAUCCUGGCUCAAAACUGAGCACAUUUUUUGAAAGUUGUGGAGUGGCAGAUCUGAUCACAACAUGUUAUGGUGGCAGAAACAGGAAGGUGGCUGAAGCUUUUGUCAAGACAGGCAAGAAAAUUGAAGAACUGGAAAAAGAGAUUUUGAAUGGUCAAAGAAUGCAAGGGCCUCAGACAGCCGAAGAAGUGUACAUUAUGUUAAAGAACAAAGGAAUGGAAGACAGGUUUCCCUUGUUCACAGCCGUACAUCAGAUCUGUCAGGGUCAGCUUCCUCCGACACAAAUGGUGAAUUGUAUACAGAACCAUCCCGAACACAUGUAGGGAUGCAAGACAUUGCUUUCUGUCCUGUGUUCCGGUAUUUCUUCUCUUUGUUUUUAAAUGUUUGUAAAUUUUUUUUUUUGGUAAUCCUCAGAGCAAGUUAACCCUGAUUAUUUUUAAAAAAUGACACUUGUUUUCAAGUACAAUACCUUUCUUACUAACGGUAUAAAGAGAUAGACAUAAUGCAGACAAAGAAGGUUGAUUGCAUGUGACACAAAACUUGAUACACAAUGAUGCAGUUGGCAUAAAACCCAAAUUUAGCUAUAAUUAAGGGUUACAACUAUAACUUAACAAAUUUUUCUUUUGUACUGGUUUGACUAUAUUAAAGCAGGAUUCACAAGAUUAGUGACCAAAAUUUAUUAUCAGAAUAAAUAUUCAAGUUGUAGCUCAUUGAGAUACAUAGAAAUAUUGAAUAUUUUGACACCAACUGGAUGAACAGUAGUGAAAUGACAGAUGUUUACAUUUUAUUGUUUUUUUUUAUGAUUAUAAAUAAUAUAAGACAAAUCUACCUUAUUGAUAUUAUUUAUGUGAAAGAUAUAAAAAAACUAUUAUUUAUUAUUGGUAUUAUGUAUACGGAUAAAAACUAAACUUUUCAGAAUUGUAAAUUCCAUUUUUGAUUUUUGGAAAUAAUAUUGCAAAAAUAGUCAAAUAUUCAACAUGAAAUUCCCUUAAAUAGUAGUCAAACAUUUAAAAUAACUUUUUAUAAACAUCUUGCUGGCAUAUGCAAAAAAAAUCGGUUUUUGUAUACAAAAUUAACUUCUACAGACAAAAUUUAAACAUCCACCAUUUUAUUUCUGUUUACCUUGACCUGAAAUUGGUAUCUAUGUAUUCCGAUAAGAUAGCACUUAAUUACUAACUCUGGUAUUAACUUUUGUUCAUCAUCUUGUCAGUUCUUCUUUGAUGGAUAUAGAAUAUAUAUUUCUUGUUGAUCAAAGAGUUAAAAUCUUGAUCAUUUUCUUACACCAUUCAUUUAAACCGUAAGAUUAAGUUGUUUUUUAAAAAAACUGUUCUCAGUAUGUUAGAGCUGGCUCAAGGAAUCUCUUGGGAUUUUGUGUACUAGUGUAUGUAGUGGCAAAAAAAAAAAGCCAUAUGUCAAGAUAAACAGUGCCAUAAAAAUAUCUUCAGCAUAUUCCAGUCAUAAAAAUUAUUGAAACAGACAGUCAGCAGGAACUGCCUGUGGCCAUAGCUCUAUGAUUUUACAUUGCUUGCAACUGUACAAGUUUCAUUCUUGAAAGCUAUUAUUAAAAGUUAUGUUAUGAUUUUUAUUUGAUUUUUGUACUUUCUUUUGUGAAUUUGAUUGAAGUUGUUUAGUUGAAUGUUGACCUGGGUUUUAUGUACAUGUAUUUCACUGAGUAAAUUGGUACUUUGAUAUAAGAAAAUAAACAAAGAUAGCAAUGUUUAAUUUUUUUUAUAUAAUUAUUACUUUCAUCAAUUUCCACCAUAGUAGAGAACUAAUUAAGGAUUCAGUUUUGUAAUCUUUUUUUUUCUUGAAGGGGUGUUUUGUAUGUUUUAUUGUUUAUCUCUAGGAUACUGAGAAAUAUGAUUAGAGCAAUGCGACUGUUUUAUUAUAGCCUGUUUGAAAAAAAAGUAAUUUUUGUAAAAAAAAUUUACUUCAAUUAGAAAUGCAAUUUAUUUUACAUCAGCUAAUGUAUAAGAUUAACUCGAUUAAAUGUCCAAGUGAAUUUACAAAAGAACGCAAAACCUGUUUUAAAGAGAUUAUCCUAAAAUUUCCUUUUUACUCACAAAAUGUGUUUAGUAAUACUUUCAUAUCCCACAAUGGUGAAGUUACCCUAUAUUUUAUUUCAGUUGUAAAACUCUGGUCUUGAUAAUCACUGCUUCUCCAAAUGUAAGUUGUCGCUCCAUAAACAUUUCACAAAAAUAUCUUUUUGUGACGUGUUAGCAGUUUACCAUGACAUUUAUUUAAUGUCUUUUUGUUUAUGGAAAUGUGUUGCAUCAAAACGAUACUAAUCUUUCAUGUGAAAAGGUUAAGGAGAAAUUUUUUGUUGUUUUAACAAUCUUUUUUUUUAGUAUAGAAUAAUUACUAAUGGCGAAUAGGUUUUAAAAUGUUUCUCAAGAUUUUAAUAAUAAUUUUACACCAGCACAGCUUAUAAUUGCAGUGUAGUGGGCAGAGACUUUGUUCUGUGUUGCUAUGCACAUCCUAGUGUAAAUGUAAAUAUUAUGUGACCACUUAGUAAUUUCGUAAUUAUGAGUGUUCAGAACUGACUUGUGAAUGUAAUUUUAUAAUAGAAUUUGUGAAUGAAUUCAAAGAUUCUAACUUUAUCCACUUAAUCUUAAAUGCUGUUAUCUAUAAAUUUUUAAAAAAAAUUUAUACUGAUUAUUAUAAUUUUUUAUUUGAGGUAAAGAUUGUUUAUUAUUAUUUGUUUCACAUGGGUGAGCAAAAUGUAAGGCUAUUUUCCAAUAAGAAAAUGCUAUGAAUUAUUACAAUAUGAUUAUAAAAGUUAAAAAAAAAACUGAACUCUUCAUUAAGAACAAAUGGCUUUAAAAGCAAAAACGUUUUAGUGCAUGUAUUAGAAAUUGAAUAAAUAAAAAUACUAGUCAGGGUGAUUAGCAAUACCCCAUGUGGGAGGGGAGCUCGGAAAGAGUUCUUACAAUGAUACUGAUCCAAGUUAUGUACCUGAGUGACAUUGUUAAUUGUAAUUAUUUGCUGAUGGUGUUGUACUUUUAACCUCUCUUGAUUGUAGCUCUUUCUUGAGCACCAACAAAUAAAGCUGACUUUUGUACCUAUUGAA